UCUAUCUUCCAGGCUGGCGGCCCACUCAGACGGGUCCACGCCACUCUCUGCAAAGCAGUCCCACGGCCGGGGUCAGUCUUCCAAUCGUGCCAAUGCAGCAAAUAAGAACAUGUUUGUACCUUCUCGUCGUUUGAGAAGAUGUUGGAAGUAGAGGGCGGCGUACUUGGGAAUGUCCGCAGGCUGAUCCCGUAGGAUUUCUCGCACCAGGCAUUCGAGGAUGGCCCCAAAACCCCGUGGGAUUCUCAGGUCAGGCGUACAUAAUGACCGCGUACUCGGAAUUGCUGCUCAUCUUGCGGCUGACCUCUCUGGGCUGUGGCAGGUGAAGUCUGUCGGCCGAGCGCGAGGCUUGCAAGGGACCCCUCGAUUCGCAUCCUCGCCACUAAGUAGUAGAGAAAGAGAUUAAAAUACUCUACAGAAAAAUAGAACCAGGCUGUGCGCUUGCACUAUUCUAACGCUGCAUGAAGAAAAAUGAUACAGGUUGUUUUACGCCAAUAAAACAAGAUUUACUGUUGUGUCUGCUUUGGACCCAGCCUGGACUCCCUUCAGAAUCCACUGAAGAAAGUGCAGACGUGUCCAUCAGUGAAGUGAUUGGCCAUGAUCAGUGCCCUGAGAGAACAUACUUCUCCAACCAGCUUUGUUUAGAGUGCCCCUCCGGUCAUUUUUGUCCUGGAAAUAUAUCUGCUGCUCAGAGAUGCCCACCAGGAACAUUCAAUCCAUAUGUAGGGAAAGGCAGCAUCAAUGAUUGCAAGCCUUGUUUUCCAGGUCUGAUCAGCUCUGACGACCGAGUGGACUGCAGGCUGUGCCCAGCAGGUUUCUCCUGCUUUCCAGCUGAUGGGAGCCUGUUAUUAUGCCCGCCUGGGAAACAUUCUCCAGAAGGGAUACUUCAUUGUCGAACAUGUCCUCUGGAUUCUAUGUGCACAUUUGGAUAUGCUCACAAGUGUGGGCCUGGUAAGGAGCCUAACUUUGAUCACACGGAGUGUAAUGACUGUCCUCCAGGCUUUUAUUCCAAUUUGUGCACAAUCCAAUGUCUUCAAUGUCCUGCAGGGAAUUACUGCCCAGAAGGUGGUAUGGCCCAACCAUUCACAUGUCCACCUGGCUCGUCUUCCUCACUGGGCAAGACUUCAUGCCAUAAGUGUAAUAACACCGCCUCACAGUGUGGGGCAGCACUACCCAAGAGCCCGCUAGAGCAGAGGUCAAGUCAACCCAUUGCAUGUGGACCAGGCACAUACAAACACUCGAAAGAGGUUUCCGUCUGUUUUGUGUGCCCAAUAGGUCAUUACUGCGAAGGAGGUGUAGCUGUACCUUGUCCUGCAGGAACUUAUGGUCCUAAAGAAGGUCUGACCAACUGCACAAUCUGUCCUGCAGGGUUUUACUGUCUGGAAGGUCGCUCAUCCAGGCCCUCCACCCAGUUCUUGUGCCCACCAGGCUAUUACUGUGAAGAGGGCACCUCUACCCCUCACGGGUCACCUUGUCCAGCUGGUACAGCAGGAGAACAACUGGGGCAGACAAGUAGGGCAGCAUGCAAAAGAUGCAGCGAAGGACGGUUUUGUCCCACAGGUUCUUCAGCUCCUGGCUUGCCCUGUGCUCGAGGAAAAUUCUGUCCUGCCGGCACUCGAGAGGAAGUUGUGUGUCCUCCAGGCACCUUCACCCCAAAUCAAGGAGCCAUAAGUUUCAAGGACUGUCUCAAAUGCCCGGCUGGAUUCUACUGUCCCGCGGGGGCAAGUGACCCCGUGCCGUGUCCACCGGGCUCCUUCAACCCUUUAGAGGGUCAGGCGGAGUUGGCUGACUGCAGAGAGUGCCAUGCGGGUAAAGCCUGCACUCAGGUCGCUCUAAGGGCUCCAGAUGUAGACUGCAUGCAGGGGUUUGUGUGUCCGCCUGGUUCUUCUAAACCCAACGCCCCGGCCAAUGCAUGCCCACCUGGGACACUGAGCAACCGCAUGGACACCACGGAUCGUUCCCAGUGUCAGCAGUGCCCGGCCAGAUAUGCUUGUCUUCGAGGAACAGGUGGUAUCCAAAGACCCCCACUCUCCUGUUCUGUAGGACAUUAUUGUCCACCUGGCACCAAAUUCCCCACCCAGUACAAAUGUCCAGAGGGGACUUGGAGCAGUCAAAGUGGAUUAGAAAGUGAAAGCGAAUGCCAGCCGUGCCCUCUGGGCUGGUAUUGUUUGGUCGGGUCAGGAUCGCCUUCGGGACGAUGCAGCUCUGGACACUACUGUCCCGAAGGGACGGCAUAUGGCACCCAGUUUCCUUGCCCUGCAGGCAUGUACAGCCUCCACAUGGGCAACAGGCAGAAAGAAGACUGCCUGCCUUGCCCUGAAGGCUCAUUCUGUCCUGAAGGCACCUCCAAACCUGGCCCUUGCCCACCUGCAACGUUUCGCCGUCUGAAAGGAGGUCAGCGAGUGGAGGACUGCUCCGCUUGCCCGGCGGGCUAUUUUUGUGCCCACUCAGCCACUGUCAACCCAAGAGCGUGUGGAGCCGGCAGCUACUCCGACGAAGGGUCUGCGGAGUGUUCCCCGUGCCUGCCGGGCCACUUCUGCAGUAACGAGACCACAAGUGAGGAAGUCAUGCUGAGCGUCAUGGUGUGUCCCCCGGGCUUUCUCUGCGCCCAGGGCUUGGCUCGAGACCCUCGUCGCUCGGCCACCCUCUGUCCUCGUGGCUUCUACUGCCGUGGAGGAGGCAUCGAUCCCAACCCCGUUCCCUGCCCGAAUGGUACCUACAGUGAAUAUCCUGGCCUAAGCGAUGUCAGUGAGUGUGUGCCUUGUCCUGAGGGGAAGUACUGUUACUCGAAACAUCCCGAGGAGCACCCUAUCACCAUCCCUACGGGCCUUUGUCCUGAUGGCCAUUAUUGCUCAACUGGUACUGGAUACCCGUAUUCCUACCCCUGCCAAGUUGGACAGUACAGGAGCAACGCAGCAGGUCACAGUGGAGCGGUGUGUGUUUCAUGUCCGCCCAGACACUACUGCGACAAACCAGGAGUUCACACACCCUCAGUGUGCCCUCAGGGCUUUUACUGUCCUGAGGGUUCCUUCUUUGCUCAUCCUUGUCCUGAGGGGAGCUAUGGAUCGCGCUCUGCUCUCGGCAAUGAAGCUGAAUGUUCCUCUUGUGGAGGAGGUCGGUAUUGCACCGGUGUGGGACUGGCAAAGCCCUCUGGAAUCUGUGAAGGGCGAUUCUACUGCAGAGAGGGCUCCAAGUCUGCAACUCCAGUGGACGGCCAUACAGGUGGUUUGUGUCCACCUGGAAGCUACUGUCCUCCAAAGUCCUCUUCUCCCUCCCCCUGCCCGCCAGGCACCUUCAGCAACAUUUCAGGUCUUAGUCGACCUGAAGACUGUGUCCGCUGUCCACCAGGUUUGUAUUGUUUAGGUUCUAACAACACCGCGCCAUCAGGCUGGUGUUCUCCUGGUUAUUACUGCACGGGCGGCUCAGCCGUACCUACUCAGAAUGAAGCACAGCCGGGUCACUAUACAUUGGAGGGUGCAUACAGGCCUGAGCCAUGUCCUCUUGGAACUUUCCAGCCGGACCGAGGUACACGGUCGUGUGUCGCGUGUCAAGGAGGACGACUGUGCAACCAGACAGGCUUGCACCAGCCACCGCUAUGUCCAAAGGGACACUAUUGUCCUCCACCAUCCUCUGUUGCCCGCCCAUGUCCUCCUGGCUUUUUUUUGGAUCAGCCGGGUGUGGAAGACAUGCAGCAUUGUCGGCCGUGCGAGGCGGGAUGGUUUUGCAGUAAGCCCGGCCUGCCUGACCCAGAGGGCCUUUGUGACCCCGGACACUACUGCACAUCUGGAGCCUCGACAGCCUCUCCAGUUGCUCUGGACUCAGGGGGAAUGUGUCCAGCAGGGUAUGUUUGCCCCAGAGGUACCAAACACCCUCAGCAACAUCCCUGUCCUGUGGGUACCUGGAGUAACACAGUGGGGGCCCCAAACUUCUCCUUUUGCCUGCUCUGCCCUGCUGGACUUUACUGCAACUCGUCUGGACUCACCCAGCCUUCUGGAACAUGUGACACCGGCUUCUAUUGCUCAGGGAGGGCAGUGUCCCCAAAGCCUUUAGAUGGCAUAACAGGGGACAUUUGUCCAGUUGGACACUACUGUUCCAUUGGCUCAGCCUCUCCUACACGCUGCCCUGAUGGGACGUCCACAAACACAACAGGUGCUGAAACAUGCCAUGAAUGCCCACCAGGGAGCUACUGUCUAUCCGGGGAGGGCAUCCAGCACUGCCCCUUAGGUUACUAUUGUCUUGGAGGGGGUGUUGAUGGCAUCCUGCCUUGCCCUCCUGGCACAUACAACCCUCAGUUAGGCUUGAGCCAAGUGGAGCAGUGCCGUAUUUGUCCAGCAGGCUUCUACUGUAAAGACUGGGGUCUGCCUGAACCCACGGGGCCCUGCAAUGCUGGUUAUUAUUGCAUAGCAGGUGUUAACAUCGAAACUCCAGAUGGAAACUACAGCACUGGAGUUGGAGGAGCUUGUCCAGAGGGGAGAUACUGCCCAGAAGGGACCGGUCUCCCCCUCACCUGUCCCCCAGGAACCUACUCAGACAGUCAUCGUCUGACUGACGUUUUGGGCUGUAGCUCGUGUCCAGCAGGUCACUUCUGUGCUACUGAAGGUUUGAGUCGGCCUUCCGGAAAAUGUCAUCAAGGAUUUUACUGUCCAGGGGGAGACUCAGCAGCCACAGGCUCUGAAGGAGGUCUUUGCCCAACUGCUCAUUACUGCCCGGAAGGCAGUGCAAGCCCAGCGCCCUGUCCGGCUGGAUCCUACACAAACCUCACCGGCCAGUCUGUGUGUUCGCUCUGCUGUGCUGGCUACUACUGCCCGGAAAAGACGAGCAACUUUAGCCAGUUUCCCUGUCCACCUGGAUUCUAUUGUCCUGAUGGUACGAAACAUGCCACACAGUACCCGUGUCCUCGCGGCUACUACAACCCAGAACCCAUGACUCAAAGCCUGGACAGCUGCCUUCCGUGCCCCCCUGGACACUACUGUGAAAAGGAGAGGCUGACAAACGCGUCUGGAAAAUGCAAAGCUGGUUGGUUCUGUGUGUCAGCAGCCUGGAACUCGCAACCUUUCGACCUGGAUAAUUACACCAACGCUAAUUGUCUGUGUCCAGCCACCGCCACCGGUGGACGCUGCCAGGUGGGCUUUUACUGCCCUUCAGGGAGCUCGGAGCCUCUGCCUUGUCUGCCUGGAGCCUUCUGUAACGUCUCAGGUUUGGCCUUGCCGAUGGGGCCCUGUUCUCCAGGUUAUUAUUGUGUAGGGGGAGCCACUGAGGGGAAGCCAACAGAUGGAGAAACAGGCAACAUCUGCCCAAGUGGGACAUAUUGUGUUGAAGGCUCGGGAGAACCAGAGUUAUGUCCUGUCGGCACUUUUUCACCAGUGCCUGGCUUGACCAGCAAGUCCGACUGUCAGCCUUGCCCUGCAGGGUUCUACUGCCGUGAACCGGGGAUCAGUGCACCAACUGGGCCCUGUGAUGAAGGUUAUUGGUGCCCAACUGGUCAGAUCGUGGCGAAAGCUCUACCAUGUCCACCUGGUCAUUUUUGCUUAAUGGGCAGUGCAGCUCCAGAGCCUUGCCCACUGGGAGCCUACCAGAACAGGGAAAAACAAUCUGCCUGUGUUACCUGUGAGGCAGGUUACUUCUGUGAUCUCCAACUGAAUACACCCAAUGGCGCCUUGCAGAGGCUGUGCCCAAAAGGACAUUACUGCCCUGCAGGCACAAGCGCACCCGAGCAGCACCCUUGCCCCGUAGGCUCAUUCAAUCCAAGACAGCACGCAGACAGCCUUCUGGGCUGUAUGCCAUGUCCGAGUGGACAGUACUGUCCUUCUCUAGGACUUUCAGAGCCGGCAGGACCAUGCCUUGCUGGUUAUUGGUGCAAAGCUGGGGCGUCCUCUCCAACUCCAGUGGACGGCCUCUCUGGUUCUAUGUGUCCGCCUGGUCAUUACUGCCCCGCGGGCACAACGGCUCCUUUGGUUUGUCCCAAAGGAACGUGGUCCAACAGCUCAGGCCUGCACAGACUGGAGGACUGUCAAACCUGUCAUGGGGGAUUUUAUUGUGACUCUACUGGCCUUACUGCUCCUACAGGACGCUGCAGUGGCGGGUAUUAUUGUCUUGGUGGGGCUGUCACACCGUCUCCCACUCAGGGAGUCACAGGGGGAUCUUGUCCUGAGGGUUCCUACUGCCCUCAAGGAACCGCUGACCCCAUACCUUGUGAUCCAGGGACAUAUGUUGCUGUAACACAUGCCACUGAGUGCGAGGCCUGUCUGCCAGGCUGGUACUGCGUGACUGGCUCCUUGCAGCUGUGCCCUGCAGGGUUCUACUGCCCGGAAAGAACCGGCUAUGACGUAAGAAGCUGUCCACUGGGAACAUACGGCCCUGACCCGGGAUACUGGUCUGUGUCCCAGUGCAAGCAAUGUGACGGCGGUCAUUACUGCUCCUCCACAAACGCCACAGCUGUCAGUGGAGCGUGUCAGGAGGGAUAUUACUGCUCACGUGGAAACACCUCCCCCCGCCCUGUCUUACAGGCUGCAGGGAAGGGAGGACCGUGUCCCGCCGGUCAUUAUUGCCCCCGGGCCAGCAUCCAUCCUCUGCCAUGUCCUCGUGGUACUUUCUCCAACCUCACCAAAUUAGUCUCCCAGGUGGAUUGUGAGCCGUGUCACCCGGGUUACUACUGCGAUGCUGCAGGCCUCGCAGCGCCUUCCGGAAAAUGCUGGGAAGGAUUCUUCUGCCCAGGGGGUGAGGCACGGCCUGACCCGCGACCUUGCCCCAAAGGUUAUUACUGUUCCGAGGGCUCCGCCGCUCCUCAGCUUUGCCCCCGGGGAACCAUCAGUGGCGAGGAUGGCCUCGCCAGCUGUACCACCUGUCCUCAGGGUUUUUACUGCCCGGAAAGCAGUAACGGUUCCUUCUAUGAGUGUCCGGAGGGUCACUACUGUCCAGGUGGGACCUGGUCUAAAUACCUCUACCCAUGUCCAGCUGGGUCCAUCAAUCCUCACACCCGGAUGGCAAAGGCCCAGGACUGCCUACCCUGCCCACCAGGUUUGUUCUGUGGAUCUCCCGGGAUGUCGGUUGCAUCAGGCCAGUGUCUCGCUGGCUAUUACUGCCAUUCUGGGGCUCGCUCACCAAUGCCAGCUGAUGGCGGCGUGACAGGUGGCCACUGUCCCCGGGGCCAUUAUUGUCCCCAGGGUUCCUCAGCACCGUUACCGUGUCCCAUAGGACAUUACAGCAACAAAACCAGCAACGGUCAAAUCUCUGACUGCCUGCCUUGUUCUCCAGGGUUCUUAUGCACCACCAGAGGGCUCUCUUUCCUUUCUCACUUGUGUUCUGCAGGCUCUUACUGUCCAAGCCUUAAUACAUCAAUACCCUGUCCUCAUGGAAACAUGUGUCCACUUGGAUCUCAUAGACCAGUACCUUGCUUGCCAGGGACAUACCAAAAUAUGCCAGGCCAGGCAGUGUGUGUUAUGUGCCCAGCAGGAUUUUACUGUGCUGGCUUUAAGGAUGAUGACAACGGGAAUAUGUCCGGGAUUCACGCUCCCACGCUGUGUCCUAAAGGACACUAUUGCCCACCAGGGUCACAGUCUGGUGUUGGGUUUCCGUGCCCAGCUGGCACCUUCAGCGGACAGAUGGGCUUAUCCAGCGAGUGGAGCUGUGAGCCCUGUCCUCCUGGGACAUACUGCGCCUCCUCUGGACUGGCAGCCCCAACUGGACUCUGCUCUCCUGGUUACCUCUGCAUCCACAGGUCUGUCUCUGCCCAGCCGGAGGCCGAGACAACAGGGGGGCGCUGCCCUGCAGGGUCCUACUGCCCACAGGGUAGCGGUAAUACGGUGCCAUGUCCCGCGGGCACUUUCAGCUCCGUAGAAGGGGCCACAUCAGCAAAGGACUGUCGGCCUUGUCCGCCCGGCCAUUACUGUGCUAACGCUGGUCUCCUGUCCCCAUCUGGUCCCUGCAAGCCUGGAUUCUACUGCACAGAGGGGUCCACAACUGACAUGCCCUGGGGUAACAUCACAGGGGGCAGCAUGUCUUCAACGCCACUUGCCGCUGAGUCCUCUCCGGGUCAGACCCACGGAGACAUCUGUCCUGCAGGCCAUUAUUGUCCUGAAGGGAGCACAGUGCCAAGGCCUUGUCCCCCAGGUACUUUCCAAGGGAGAUCGGGGGCUGAGUCUGAGGCGGAUUGCGAUGCUUGCUACCCAGGAUCCUACUGCCCCUCCUGGGCGCAGACCUCUGUGGACCUCCAGUGUCCUGGUGGGUGGUUCUGUCCACUGGGCUCAGUGUCUGGACAUCAGCCAGAGCGCUCCUUCCUCCCACUUUGCCCAGUGAAGACCCAUGGCUUCAACACAAACCCCCCAGCCUUCAGGAUCCUCUCCACGUUGGCUGUGAUGAUGUUUAGCUGGUCAAGGUUGUUGUGGGAAGAUGUCAAUGCCAGCCUGGCCACUCGUGUCCAUAUGGCAGCGCUGAGCCGUCCAUCUGUGGCGCAGGAGCUUUUCAACCUUCAUCUGGCCAGUCUGCGUGCAACAUCUGCCCACCAGGGUUCAUUGGCGCCAUCUCCCUGUCCCGUGGGCACUGUCACUCCAUCGUCUGGCAAGAAGUCCCCCACGGACUGCAUCCCCUGCCCUUCUGGCUCCUUCUGCAACAGCACUGCUCUGACAGAGCCCUCCGGACCCUGCAGUCCAGGUUUUUAUUGCCCUGCGGGUUCUGCUUACCCCCGCCCUUGUGAAACUGGCUCCUGCUGCAACAAAACUGGCCUGGAAGCUCCAUCAGAACCCUGUGCUGCAGGAUACUACUGCCCUAGAGCUUCCCAAGACCCCCAUGCCAACCUCUGCCCUGCAGGGCACUACUGCCCUCUUGGAACGCCUCUACCUGUACCAUGUCUUCUUGGGACUUUACAAAGUUCCCGUGGCGGCGUCUCAAGGGAGUCUUGCCAGCCGUGUCCUCCGGGUCACUACUGUCAGCAGACAGGCCUGACUGAGCCCAGUGGCCGGUGUGCACAGGGCUACUACUGUCCCGCGGGACAGAGCUCAGAGAGGCCUCAACAACACGUCUGCUCUGUGGGACACUACUGUGAGAAGGGCAGUGUGGAACCAACGCCUUGCCCUCCAGGCAGCUACCAGCUCAGACAGGGCCAGGGCAGCUGUGAGACUUGCCCUCCGGGCUUCUACUGUUUAAAUCAAGGAACAUCUUCCCCACGUCUUUGCGAGAGAGGAUUUUUCUGUCAGAGUGCAUCAUCUCAUCAACGCCCGUGCCCGGCGGGCACCUACGGGAACCUGACAGGCUUGGUUGAAGAGCACCAGUGCUCACCGUGUGAUCCAGGGAUGUUCUGCAGAGGAGCAGGGAGGACUUUUCCCAGCGGUCCGUGUGCUGCAGGGUUUGUUUGUGUUGGGGGAGCUUCUGAACCAUCCCCCACGGACAACCGAACAGGCUUUUUGUGCCCUGCUGGGUUCUUCUGCUCUUUGGGGACUUUUGUACCUCAACCAUGCCUCAAAGGAACAUUCAGGUCCAGUUUCCAGCCAGCCGAAGAGGCACUCGACAUCACGACGAGCCUCGAUCACAUCCGCCAUAUAGAAACAUCCUUUCCACCACUUUUAGCAGACAAAUAG